AUGGAGGAACCCAUCACAAAGAGCUUCUUCUCUCCACCUAAUCUCCCUCCUGAAAUGAUGGAAGAGAUUCUCUUAAGACUACCCGUGAAGUCAUUGAAGCGAUUCAAAUGCGUUUGCACCUCAUGGAGAUCUUUGAUAUCUGAGACUGUGUUUACUCUGAAACACGCUCUGAUGUUGGAGGCCUCCAAGGCAACCACUUGUAAGAAGAGUCCAUACGGAGUCAUCACAACGUCUCGGUACCAUCUCAAGUCUUGCUGCGUCCACUCUCUGUAUGAUGAGCCAGUAGCCACCGUUCAUGAGCAUGAUGGUGAGCUUUUAGGCAGAGAUUACUACCAAGUCGUGGGGACCUGCAAUGGGUUGGUCUGUUUCCAUGUAGAUUACAACAAAAGCUUCUACUUGUGGAACCCGACCAUCAAGCUUCAAAAAAGAUUGGCUGGUUCGGAUCUUGAAACGAGAGAUGAGGUUGUUGUAAACUAUGGAUUCGGUUAUGAUGAAUCUGAAGAUGACUAUAAGAUAGUUGCAUUGUUGCAACAAAGACACCAGUUGAAGACAGAGGCAUUGGUUUACUCAACGAGACAAAAGCUAUGGAGAAGCACUUGUUUUCCCUGUGGACUUGUUCUUGCUAACAAAUCAAGAUCCGGCAUCUACAUUAACGGAACACUAAACUGGGCAGCCACUCACUCAUCAUCAUCAAUUUCUACCGUCAUAUCAUACGAUAUGUCACGAGAUGUGUUCAAGGUGCUUCGUGGACCAGGUUGCUGCAAGGGAGGAUGUUUUACAUUGACGCUUGGAGAUUUGAGAGGAUGUCUUUCCAUGGUGUGUUAUUGCAAAGGAGCAAACGCAGAUGUUUGGGUGAUGAAGGAGUUUGGAGAAGGAGAAUCUUGGUCUAAACUCUUGAGCAUUCCCGGUUUGACUGAGUUUGUUAGACCGCUUUGGAUCUCAAGAGGGUUAGUGGUUCUCUUGGAGUUUAGAUCCGGUUUAGCUCUCUAUAACUGUACCACUGGGAAGUUCCAGUACCCAGUUUCAAACAGCUUAAAUGGUUGUCGGGACGCUAAAGUUUAUGUCAAGACUUUGGUUUCUCCAAGGGACCUUUAA